AUGCAGGAUGCCGUGACGGACGCCGGCAACAACGUCCGCGCGCUGAAGGCCGAGAAGAAGGACAAGGCUGAGAUCGAUGCCGCGAUCGCCAAGCUCAAGGAGCUCAAGCUCGAGCUCGACACCGAGAUCAAGGCUGCCAUGGCGGCGGGCGACGAGGCGGCCGCGGCGAAAGAGCAGUUCCGCUCCAAGAUGAACGGCGCGCUCGAGCAGAGGCUGUUCUACAUCCCCUCGUUCAAGAUCUACGGCGGCGUCGCGGGCCUCUACGACUACGGCCCGCCCGGAUGCGCCGUCAAGUCCAACCUCCAGGCGUUCUGGCGCCAGCACUUCGUCCUCAACGAGGCCAUGCUCGAGGUGGAGUGCCCUUCCGUGACUCCGGAGGUGGUGCUCAAGGCUUCCGGCCACGUAGAGAAGUUCACCGACCUCAUGGUCAACGACGUCGUCACCAAGGACUGCUUCAGGGCGGACCACCUGGUGGAGGAAAACUUGGAGAGGAUGCUCGCCGACCCCAUGAUCUCCGCGGACAAGCGCAGGGAGCUCGAGGACAUGCUCGCGAGGCUCGAGGAGUUCACCCCGGAGGAGAUGGGCGAUGCCAUCACCAAGCUCGCCAUCAAGGCCCCGGAGACCAAGAACGACCUCACCGCCCCCUACCCCUUCAACCUCAUGUUUCCCACGCAGAUUGGCCCAUCCGGCGCGCUGCAGGGGUACCUCCGACCGGAGACGGCGCAGGGCAUCUUCGUCAACUUCCGCGAUCUCCUCUACUACAACGGCGGCAAACUCCCUUUCGCCGCCGCGCAGAUCGGCCAGUCCUUCCGAAACGAGAUCGCUCCGCGCGCCGGUCUCCUCCGCGUGCGAGAGUUCACGCAGGCUGAGAUUGAGCACUUCGUGCAUCCCGAGCAGAAGGACCACUCGCGAUUCGCGGAGGUGGCCGACGUGAUGCUGUCGCUCUUCAGCCGCGACGCGCAGCUCGGCGCGGUGAAGAAACCCUUCCCCAUGACCAUCGGCGAGGCUGUGGAGAAGGGCAUCGUCGCCAACCAGACGCUCGGAUACUUCAUCGCUCGCACGCAGACGUUUCUCGAGAAGAUCGGGGUCAACCCGGAGCGGCUUCGGUUCCGCCAGCACCUGCAGCACGAGAUGGCGCACUACGCCGAGGACUGCUGGGACGCCGAGAUCGAGUGCUCUUACGGCUGGAUAGAGUGCGUCGGCCUCGCGGAUCGCUCCGCGUUUGACCUCAAGGCUCACUCGGACAAGAGCAAGGUUGAGCUCACCGCGUACGAGAGGUUCGCGGAGCCGAAGAUGGUGGAGACCCUCGUGGUGGAGCCCAACAAGAAGGACAUGGGCAAGGCGUUCAAGAAAGACGCCAAGGCGGUGACCGACGCGCUCAUGGCGCUGUGCCAGGAGGAUGCGCUCGCGCUCGCCGCGAAGGUUGAGGCGGAUGGGAAGGCCGAGCUCAAGAUCGAGGGUGGCUCCGUGGAGAUCCUCCCCGGGAUGGUCAAGAUCGCCAUGGAGACGCAGAAGGUGUCGGGCCGUAACUUCACCCCGUCCGUCAUCGAGCCCUCCUUCGGCAUCGGUCGCAUCAUGUACUGCAUGUUCGAGCACUCCUUCUACAUCCGACCAGAGGAUGAGCAGAAGACGGUGUUCCGGUUCUCGCCCAUCAUCGCGCCCAUCAAGUGCACCAUCUUCCCCCUCGUCAACGACGCGGGCAUGAACGAUCUCGCGGGUACCAUCUCCCGCGUCUUGGCCACCGAGGGCAUCUCCUCCAAGCUGGACACCACCGCGGUGUCCGUCGGCAAGAGGUACGCGAGGACGGAUGAGCUCGGCGUGCCAUUCGCCGUCACCGUCGAUCACAGGUCGCUGCAGGACAACACGGUGACGAUCCGCGAGCGCGACAGCUGCGAUCAGGUGCGCGUCGCCGUCGACGACGUGCUGCCGCUGAUCAAGAAGCUGUGCAACCUGCAGGCUACCUGGGAGGAGGCCACCGCGGGGCUGGAGAAGCAGGCUGCGGCGUCGGACUGAUAG